AUGGGGAAGGUGACGCAUUUCUUUGGAUGCGGUAUUUUGCGAGGAGGGAAGCUCGUUCACGAAGGUUUGUGGAUAAGGGACGGCGUGGUGGUUGACCCGGAGGAAGUACAGUAUACGGCGGACGUUUCCAUAGAUUGUCGCGGCGCGAUAAUAGCGCCAGGAUUUAUUGACAUAAAGUUGAAUGGAGCGAUGGGAGUGGCUUUCUCCAAUCCGGAGACUAUUUCCGAGGAGAAGAUGAAGAAGGUUCGCGCUUUUCUGCCGUAUACGGGGGUGACGCUGUUUUGCCCGACGGUGGAGACGAGUACGAAGGAGGCGUACGGCCAGGUGUUGCCACUGUUGAAGAAGUGCGCGGCGGACCCUACGGAGGGUGCGGGUAUCUUAGGUGUUCAUUUGGACGGUCCGUUUAUAUCGAUAAUUGGUGCGCACAAAAAGGAGGCAGUGCGCGACUUCGGGGAGACGCCGGGCGAGACGAUCAAAGAGGUGUAUGGUAACGACAUUGAGAACGUGGCGAUAGUGACGAUGGCGCCGGAACUGGCGAAAAGCUCGGAGGCGAUUCGGCACUUCACUAGGUUGGGCAUCAAGGUCUCACUGGGUCACUCCAAGGCGGACAUCAACACGGCCGAACACGCAGUCAGAGAUGGCGCUUCGAUGAUUUCUCACUUGUUCAAUGCAAUGCCGGACUUCCACCACCGAGACCCGGGCCUCGUUGGUCUUGUCACGUCCGACAAAAUCCCGCGUCCACUUAAGUUCACAAUCAUCUCCGACAUGUAUCACGUCCAUCCAGCCGCUUUGCGCAUGGCCUACCGCAUUGCGCCUGAAGCUUUACUUCUCUGCACGGACGGACAGGCGCCGCUUGGUCUUGGUCCGGGCGAGUACGACUUCAACGGCACGGCCGUCGUCGUCAAGGAAGUAGAUGGGCGCUCCGUCUGUUAUCGUGCCGGGUCGCCCACGCUGUAUGGCUCCGUCUGUCCAUUGCAUCGCGCCGUCCGCAACUUGGGCGAAAUCACCGACUGCAGUCUCCCCUACGCCCUCGAGGCAGUGACUAAACGCCCCGCCGAGGUCAUGGGCAUCUACCCUAAGAAGGGCUCCCUUGAGUUCGGCGCUGAUGCGGACAUCGUCCUCCUUGAACCCGGUACACUCAACCUCGUUGCCACCUUCAUCGCCGGCCAGAAGUGCGCAGACAACGGCCUCCUCGGCGAACUCCAGGGCGUCCCCAUCACCUGCGAAGCCCCAGAGUACUACUCACCCACCCUCAAGCGCACCAGUCUCCCCGAAGUCCCCGAGAGACUCCACUCCGACUAG